CGCGCGCGUCGCUUGAUGAACUACUCGUAUCCUUGCGACUACGGAACGGCACGGUCUAAGGGUAGACGUGCAAUAAUGUUCGCGAGCGCGGCUCCGAACUCUAUCACGACCGAUAUCACGUUUGUUAUAGUGCGCGAGUUGUGACUUUUGUUCAGUGAUCGAGAGGAUCGCCUCCCAGGAGUUUUCUCGAAGGAUUUUAUCGUAAACGACAUUGCUAUCAUUGGGGCAGGUCCACCCAGGAAUACGUUAAAAGCAAGAGAAACUAAAAGAAAAGCUUGAAGAUGUCGUCGGUGAAGGUGGCGGUACGGGUACGUCCCUUCAACAACCGGGAGAUUUCCCGUGAAGCACAAUGCAUCAUCGAUAUGACUGGCAAUACCACCUCAAUAGUUAAUCCAAAAGCGCCACCUGGCAGUAAGGAUGCCAUCAAGAGCUUCAAUUAUGACUAUUCCUACUUCUCCAUGGACCCAUGCGAUACAAACUACUCUUCGCAAAUUAUGGUGUACAAAGAUAUCGGGGAAGAGAUGCUGGAGCACGCAUUCACUGGUUACAAUGUAUGCAUAUUCGCUUAUGGACAAACUGGCGCUGGAAAGUCGUACACGAUGAUGGGUAAACAAGAGGAUGGCCAGGAAGGGAUUAUUCCACAGAUUUGCAAGGAUCUAUUCAGGAAGAUCAGCAAGAAUACGAGCGAUCAAUUGAAAUUUUCAGUCGAAGUUAGCUACAUGGAAAUUUAUUGUGAGCGAGUCAGGGAUUUGCUCAAUCCUAAGAACAAAGGAAAUCUUCGCGUACGCGAACAUCCUGCCCUUGGUCCUUAUGUCGAAGAUCUUUCGAAACUCGCAGUUAUGUCCUACGAGGACAUUCACGAUCUCAUUGACGAGGGAAACAAAGCAAGAACUGUCGCUGCCACCAAUAUGAACGAGACUUCAAGCAGGUCUCAUGCAGUUUUCACGAUCUUCUUCACCCAGCACAAAUGUGACAGUACGACCGGUAUGGAUACUGAUACAGUGAGCAAGAUCUCGCUUGUUGACCUGGCAGGAUCAGAGCGUGCAGAUUCAACGGGAGCCAAAGGUACCAGGCUGAAGGAAGGCGCCAAUAUUAACAAGAGUUUGACCACCUUGGGCAAAGUCAUCAGUGCGCUUGCCGAGAUCGCGGCUACCAAUCAAGCUACCAAAAAGAAGAAGAAGGCUGACUUCAUUCCGUACCGAGACUCGGUAUUGACUUGGUUACUUCGUGAGAAUCUUGGAGGAAACUCAAAAACGGCUAUGAUUGCAGCCAUCAGUCCUGCCGACAUAAAUUAUGAUGAAACUCUUUCUACACUUCGAUACGCUGAUCGAGCCAAACAAAUCGUCUGCAAGGCGGUCGUUAACGAAGAUGCCAAUGCUAAGCUCAUCCGGGAACUUAAGGAAGAGAUUCAGAAGCUACGGGAAUUACUGAAGCAAGAAGGAAUCGACAUGCAAGAAGUGCUCGACGUAGGGCCAGAUGGCAAAAUCACUUAUGAAAAGAAAGAAUCUAGAGACGAGCCGGCUAACAUCAAGGCAAUCAAGCGUGAAGAUGACGUCAAGGAAACCAGACAACGUGUACCGUCGCAUCCAGCAUCGACGCUUGCUGAGGAAGCAGUUGAUCAACUGCAAGCAAGCGAAAAGCUCAUAGCCGAACUCAAUGAGACAUGGGAAGACAAACUUAAGAGAACUGAAUCAAUAAGAUUACAACGAGAAGCUGUUUUCGCUGAAAUGGGCGUUGCUGUCAAAGAAGAUGGCGUGACUGUUGGCGUAUUCUCACCGAAAAAGACACCGCAUCUGGUUAAUCUGAAUGAGGAUCCACUGAUGUCCGAGUGUUUGAUUUAUUAUAUCAAGGAUGGCUUCACUAGGAUUGGAUCGGCUGAAGCUAACAUUCCUCAGGAUAUACAAUUGUGCGGACCGUAUAUACUCAGUGAGCACUGCGUUUUCGAAAAUCACGAGGGUGUCAUUACCCUUAUGCCCAAGAAAGGAGCAUUGAUAUAUGUCAACGGACGAGAAGUUACUGAACCUAUUAUCCUGAAGACAGGAUCGCGAGUUAUCCUUGGCAAGAAUCAUGUAUUUCGCUUCAAUCAUCCGGAUCAGGUCCGCGAACGGCGUGAGAAAAACUCACCGGCUGAGACUCCAGGAAAUGGCGAGACUGUUGAUUGGAACUUUGCGCAGAUCGAACUCCUUGAGAAGCAGGGUAUCGAUCUUAAAGCGGAAAUGGAGAAGAGGUUGUUAGUUCUAGAGGAACAAUUCCGGAAAGAAAAGGAAGAGGCUGAUCAACUGUUCGAGGAGCAGAGAAAGAAUUAUGAAGCCCGCAUAGAUGCCUUGCAAAAACAAGUUGAGGAGCAAAGUAUGACAAUGUCUAUGUACAGUAGUUACACUCCAGAAGAUUUUAACAAUAUCGAGGAAGAUAUAUUUGUCAACCCCUUGUUUGACGCAGAGAGCAACUGGAGUGAGCGUGAAUUUCAACUGGCUGCGUGGGCUUUCCGCAAAUGGAAGUAUCAUCAAUUUACCAGUCUGCGAGAUGACCUCUGGGGCAAUGCGAUAUUCCUCAAAGAGGCUAACGCCAUUUCCGUGGAGCUUAAGAAGAAGGUUCAAUUCCAAUUUACGCUACUCACCGAUACCCUUUACUCACCCUUACCCGUCGACCUUCUGCCAACAACCGACGAUGACGAAGACGAGGAGAAACCAUUCCCACGUACGAUCGUUGCUGUUGAAGUGCAAGACACGAAAAAUGGCGCUACUCAUUACUGGACCCUGGACAAGCUUAGACAGCGCGUGGAGCUGAUGCGGCACAUAUACAAUGAAGACUUGAGUCCCAGCACUCCGGAGGCCAAAGAGGAUUUUUUCCAAUGCCUUACGGUCUACUCUAAUCAGAAGUUUUCCCUCGCAAAUCUUUUGCCUUCGAGGCAAAGACUGGAACUCAUGAGGGAGAUGUACCACAACGAAGCUGAACUGUCUCCAACUUCUUUGGAUUAUAAUAUUGAAACUAUUACUGGCGGUGAUCCAUUCUAUGACAGAUUUCCUUGGUUCCGAAUGGUCGGCAGGUCUUUUGUUUACCUGAGCAAUCUUAUGUAUCCUGUGCCAUUGAUUCACAAAGUUGCAAUUGUGAAUGAGAAGGGCGACGUUAAAGGAUAUCUUCGCGUAGCAGUCCAGGCCGUUGUCGAAGAGGAAAACAGCGAAUACUCAAGCGGUGUCAGACAAUCCGCUCGUAUCUCAUUCGAGGAUGAUCUAUUUGGUGGACAUAGGCAGAACAAACGUGGUACUCUCCUGGCACAGACUUUGGAAAAGAAUCAACAGAAUCUGUUGCAAGAAGAACGCGUUGUUGAAGGUCAGACAGAAGGGAAAGACUGCAAGGAUGUCAAGGACGAGGAAGAAGUCGGUGACGCUGACAGUGGCAGAGGAGAUAGCUCCGUUUCUAGCGACAUGAAGGAAGACGAGAUGCCUGAUCAUCUUCAACCUGGUGCUCAAUUUACAUUCAGAGUAACGGUGCUGCAAGCAAUGGGCAUUUCCACAGAAUAUGCUGACAUAUUUUGUCAAUUCAACUUCUUACAUCGACAUGACGAAGCUUUCUCUACGGAACCUGUGAAGAAUACUGGAAAAGGAAAUCCACCUGGUUUCUAUCACGUACAAAAUAUCACCGUCACGGUUACAAAAUCAUUCCUGGAGUAUUUGAAGACGCAACCCAUAGUGUUCGAGGUCUUCGGCCACUAUCAACAGCAUCCAUUGCACAAAGAUGCUAAACUCGAAUACAGCGUUCGACAGCCACCCAAAAGGAUGUUGCCUCCAUCUAUACCGAUCAGCCAACCAGUACGAUCACCAAAGUUUGGUAGUGUCCUACCAUCCCCCAGUACAUCACACGUUCAUGCCAAGUACGACGUGCUUGUUUGGUUCGAAAUUUGCGAAUUGGCGCCCAAUGGAGAGUACGUACCAUCUGUGGUAGACCAUAGCGAUGAUCUACCGUGCCGUGGACUCUUCUUACUACAUCAAGGCAUUCAGCGACGUAUACGAAUUACUAUCGUUCACGAACAUGCACCUGAACUUCGAUGGAAAGACGUCAGGGAGCUGGUAGUCGGCCGCAUUCGGAAUACACCUGAACCCGAAGAAGAGGACAACGACUCGUCGGUACUCUCUCUGGGAUUAUUCCCUGGAGAAUAUAUAGAGAUUCCUGGAGACGAUAGGUGUAUGUUCAGGUUCGAAGCUGCUUGGGAUAGUUCAUUGCACAAUUCAGCUCUACUCAAUAGAGUUACCUCGUACGGAGAACAAAUAUUCAUGACUAUUUCUGCAUAUUUGGAGUUGGAGAAUUGUGGUAGACCGGCAAUUGUAACAAAGGAUCUCAGUAUGAUAAUUUAUGGACGGGAUGCCAGGGUUGGACCACGAUCAUUGAAGCACCUCUUCAGCGGGCAUUAUCGUAACCAGGAAGCGAACAGACUCAGCGGCGUUUACGAGUUGGUCCUACGUCGCGCUUCAGAAGCAGGUAGUCCAGGUGUACAGAGACGACAACGUCGAGUACUCGACACUAGUUCUACGUAUGUAAGAGGUGAGGAAAAUCUCCACGGAUGGAGACCUAGAGGAGACAGCCUGAUCUUCGAUCAUCAAUGGGAAUUGGAAAAACUCACUAGAUUAGAAGAAGUUGAGCGAGUAAGACAUACUCUCCUCCUCAGGGAAAAACUUGGAAUCGACAAAGUUCCCUUAUGUAACAAAACGACACACGAUUUCACCAAGAGCGAGAAGGAAGUAUGCAACAUGGUAGCAAAGGCCACUAAUGAGCCACACGCCAGCCCAGUGAAGUUAAAGAAGUCUGCGAGUAAAGACGUUUAUGAACCCUGGGAAAUGACGGAGAGAGAGCGCGAACUCGCCAUAAAAUAUAUCAAGCUCAUUCAGGGUCGAAUUCCAAGCAAGGAGCCUAUUGUUCUUUCCGACGUAUCGCCAGGAGAAGAUACCAUAACUGACAUGUCUGCAUCCAUGAUAUCCUCUGUCGUUUCAUCCUCGUCUCAAGAGUCAGUAUACUCGCAACCGUACAACCUUCGAGCACAGCCCACAGGAAAAAUAGUGAGGAGCAGUUCUAAGUCGUGCAUCUUUAGGUUGAGCUCACCGGAGCGUGCUAGACUUCAAGAACUUCAGGAUAGCAUGAUGGUUGGUGAAUCAGCCAGCCAGACUAACACAACGGCACCAGCACCCUUGGGUUCGUCAUCUCCUCUGAAGGAGAGUCUUGUACUAUAUGUACCCGAAGUCGAGGAGAUACGUAUUAGUCCUGUUAUCGCCAGAAAGGGAUAUCUGAAUGUUUUGGAGCACAAGACUAACGGUUGGAAGAAACGAUGGGUGGCGGUUCGCAGACCCUACGUAUUUAUCUUCAGGGAAGAAAAGGAUCCAGUAGAAAGGGCUCUGAUUAAUUUAGCUACCGCUCAAGUCGAGUAUUCGGAAGAUCAGUUGGCGAUGGUUAAAGUACCAAAUACUUUCAGUGUGGUAACCAAACAUCGAGGAUACCUACUACAGACCUUAGGUGACAAAGAAGUUUACGACUGGCUCUACGCCAUCAAUCCGCUGCUGGCAGGCCAAAUCAGAUCGAAGCUAGCUCGCAAAGGACCUGGCCCCAACAUGGCCCCCAUCACCUUAGGUCCACCACCCGAAAUUCAAACACAAGCCAAGUGAGUCGCCGAUUCUUUGGCCGAGGUGAUGGAUAUCGUCGCAAAGACAUCCAAGCGCAUACUUUAUCAGUCUCACUCUGCCUUCGAGUCGCAGGACUUCUCUAGCUUUCAUUUUCCAGUAAUCUUUGAAUGAAUCGGAAGAGAUAUUCGAUCCGUAUAACGUCAUACAAUUUACGAGAAUAAUACGGUCAUUACAAUCUCCGUUACGAACGCGUACAUUGUAUCCAUAGACAUUAUAGAUAAAAUACGAACGUGCAAAGCUUUGCCAGUUCAACCUGGCAUAGCCGAAAAAUCUAUGUUUCUUACUAAGUAUCUCACAAGUCGAGAUUGACUUAAGGACUGUUGAAAGUGGCGAGGGCGUCUCCGUGCGCGUUUUCAUAAAAACGUCAUGUUCACAGUUGAGACGUCUAUGGCUUUAAACUAGCCAUCGCACAUGCUUCGUUUAUAUAAAAAUGGAGAUCGCGGUACAGAACGGUGCUUAAUGUUCUAGACGAAACACGUGUGGACCAGAUACAUAUGUACAAUCGUAUGUAUGCCUGUUGCAAUGUAGCAUACAUAUACAUACGGUAUUAGGUGAAUUCUAAGACGGAUAAUACAAGCGACGAGAGGUAAAAUGAAAGAGGGGAAAAAAGUGACGGAUCUAUAUGCCUAAUGUACACACGCUGAAAAUCAGAGACACGGACACAUUCCUAUGAUGCCAGGUUAGAGUGGAAGGAAGUGUAUCCCUUUUAUGAGAAUUAUCCUUUAUGACUUAUGACAAGCGUAUAUCGUUAUACGCUUAAGAGCUUCACUUUUUCCUUUUUUCAUUUCUUCGUAGCUUUUCUUUAUCCGUCGACGUACAUCCUCGGAAGUCGGCACAAAAUUUGCAAACUGGGUCAAUGACACGUCUUGACAGCAGAGUCUCUUUUACACAGUUAAUACGUGCAUAUCGUUACGAGAAGACGUGUUCUGGUGCAAUAACAUGAAAGAGACAGUACUUAAACUGGAAGCUAAUGGAUACGAAAUGAAAAAGAAUCAUAGACAAAAUAGUAGAAACAUGCACGACUCGUGAUAAUUUUUGUGUACAGCUUGUCCAUGAGUUCUUGAUACCAACGAUAAACGAGCACUAUACCUAUUCGUUCGGAAAGGGCUAGAUGUUUUACGAAAUAAACAGAAAAAAAAUUACUCUCAAACUCAUCUAUACGUAUUCUACGAUAUUAAUUAAUAAAUUAUCGAUAUGCAUAGACGUAACGACGUGACUAUAACGAGAUAAAAAGAAAAAGAUGAAAAUCAAGCUACAUAGCGUGUAUCAAAGUUUUCAAUAUAUAUUAUUCAUAAUUGUUUACCUUUUAACGUAAGAAAGAUUUGAAUCACAAAAUUCAGCGAACACGAUAUAUGGGUUUUAAGGCUUACCAACCUGUGCGAAGUGAAUUCGCGUGCUUGAAGCGAACUACGUUGGUUAAAAAAAAGAGAUGGAACCCACUUUGAGACUUUUGUGCACGAACGAAGGAAAGAGCGUUUCCGUUUCUCAUAUGACUGGCUAAAUAUCUCGGUCUAUUACUAAUCAUGGACAAGAAUCAAUGGCCGAAAUCUGAAAUGUAUUUAUUGUGAAUUCGGCAGCGGGCGACAGUUGACCCUGCCAAAUUCAUGAUAAAAAUGCAUGCUCCUUAUUUCGGAACGACCUUUUUCUGAUUUCCUUAAUUGUUCAUUAAUUUAUAUUUCAUUUGGUUGAACCGUCCCUCCUCUUCACUUCUAGCCAAUUGUAUUCGAUCUCUAUAUAUGUAUGUAUGUCGAGGAGCGGAAGGCGAAUUAGCAAUUAUUCAAUAACUACCGAAACAUCUCGUUCUAAUGAAUUAUAAUUGCAUUUAAAUGUCAGGCACCUAAUUAUUAAUCUGUUAAUUAAAAAAGAAAACGAAAGAUGAUAGUGUGUAUAUAUGAUGUGUGCGUAAGAGAUGAAUGCGCGAGUGUGAUCCUACGCAGCUGCAAAUCAUUGUCCUGAUUAUAUAUAUAUUUCUGUGAAAAGGAUAAAUACACUCGGUUACUCUCGGUAGAUAUUUUUAUAUUUAGAAUAAUAAUUUGCAGCCAACUUGCGACGCGUUGAGGCUUUAAUGGCGCGGGGUGCUAGAUUUAAAGUAUCGUCAAGCGCUAAACCGUAAUAUCGGCUGGCCGAAUUACGCUGAUUUAAUCGGCAUACGUGAGCAACAAAAAAAAAAACAGACACGUAAUAGCUCAAGAAAUCACACGAUUAAUCUGUCGAGCUAAAAACUCGAA